CCAACAAUCAUCUAGCCUUCUCCACGCCAUCGCGUUCCCCAGGGCAAGCUGCUAAAGAGACAACCUUUUCUCAAGUCCCUAAAAAUGUGCUUUUAGUACUAAAACGGAAGUCGAAGUAGGGAGCCUGGUCACGGGUUUGUUUGGUUUUUUUUCUCCUCUCAAAACCUUCAAAGUUAGAACUAUUUUUUUCUCUCUCAUUCCGCGUCGGCUGCGGCGUCGGCGUCGGCAGCUGCGUCGCUGCGUCAUGGGCAACGUCACGACGCUGUGAGGUCGCUACGCUGUAUGGCUGCAGGAAAGAGUCGGAGUUGGGAAGAGGGGGAGGGCCGUACCCAGAAGUGAAUAUCUCAGUUAGGCCCCGGCGCGGCCUACGCCAGUCCAUUACCUUUCUCAGCCGCCGCGCUCGGUCAUGGCCGAACACUCGGCCUCCAGACAUCCCGUGCCGCCCAUUGAGUCGGAGCUCUAUUUCCUCAUCGCUCGGUACCUGUCCGCCGGUCCUUGCCGGAGAGCCGCCCAGGUGCUGGUGCAGGAACUGGAACAGUACCAGCUGUUGCCGAAGAGAUUGGAUUGGGAAGGCAAUGAACAUGACUGGAAAUAUGAGGACCUGGUCUUGUCAAAUAAGCAUGUGGCACCUGAUCAUCUGUUGCAAAUCUGUCAGCGUAUUGGCCCUAUACUGGAUAAAGAAAUUCCACCCUGUAUUUCCAGAGUUACAUCUUUGCUUGGUGCGGGAAGGCAGUCCUUGCUACGUACUGCAAAAGAUUGCCGGGAUACAGUUUGGAAGGGCUCUGCAUUUGCUGCUCUUCAUAGAGGAAGACCACCUGAAAUGCCUGUAAAUUAUGGUUCCCCACCAAACCUUGUGGAGAUAAUUCGUGGAAAACAACUUACAGGAUGUGCCUCAUUUAGCAUGGCAUUUCCAGGAAGUAUGUAUCAACACAUAAAAAUGCACAGGAGGAUUCUGGGACAUCUCUCCGCUGUUUACUGUGUUGCAUUUGAUAGGACAGGGCAUAGAAUCUUUACUGGUUCAGAUGAUUGUUUGGUAAAGAUAUGGUCUACACAUAAUGGCAGAUUGUUGGCCACAUUAAGAGGCCAUUCUGCAGAAAUUUCUGAUAUGGCAGUGAACUAUGAAAAUACUAUGAUUGCUGCAGGAAGUUGUGAUAAAAUAAUUAGAGUGUGGUGCUUGAGAACUUGUGCCCCAGUUGCUGUGCUUCAGGGACACACUGGCUCAAUUACAUCUUUGCAGUUUAGUCCAAAGGCUAAUGGCUCUGAAAGAUACAUGGUGUCUACCGGUGCAGAUGGGACAGUUUGCUUUUGGCAGUGGGACUUAAAUUCCAUGAAAUUCAGUAAUCGUCCUUUGAAAUUCACUGAAAAACCUAGACCAGGGGUUCAAAUGCUUUGUUCGUCUUUUAGUGUUGGUGGCAUGUUCUUAGCAACAGGUAGUACUGAUCAUGUAAUCAGAAUGUAUUUUUUGGGCUUCGAAAUGCCUGAAAAAAUAGCAGAACUCGAAAGUCACACUGACAAAGUCGAUAGCAUCCAGUUUUCUAACAAUGGUGAUCGCUUCUUAAGUGGUAGCAGAGAUGGAACAGCAAGAAUUUGGAAAUUUGAGCAGCCAGAAUGGAAGAGUAUUUUACUGGAUAUGGCAACAAGAUUGUCACGUGACUCGUGUUCAGAAGAAGAGAAAUUUAUGAAACCCAAAGUAACAAUGAUAGCUUGGAACCGAAAUGAUACCCUUGUUGUCACAGCUGUAAAUGACCAUGUACUCAAAGUAUGGAAUUCUCAUACUGGACAGCUACUUCAUAACUUGGUGGGACACACAGAUGAAGUAUUUGUUUUGGAGACACAUCCCUUUGAUUCCAGGAUUAUGCUGUCUGCAGGUCAUGAUGGAAAUAUAUUUAUAUGGGAUAUUACAAAAGGCAUUAAGACAAAGCAUUACUUCAAUAUCAUUGAAGGACAAGGACAUGGAGCUGUAUUUGACUGUAAAUUUUCAUCAGAUGGACAGCAUUUCGCUUGUACAGAUUCUCAUGGACAUCUGCUUAUAUUUGGAUUUGGGUGCAGUAAACCUUAUGAGAAGAUUCCUGAUCAGAUGUUCUUCCAUACUGACUACCGACCACUGAUUCGUGAUUCAAAUAAUUACGUAUUAGAUGAACAGACCCAACAGGCUCCUCAUCUCAUGCCUCCUCCGUUUUUGGUGGAUGUAGAUGGCAAUCCUCACCCAACUAAGUAUCAAAGAUUAGUACCAGGUCGAGAGAACUCUGCAGAUGAACAUUUGGUUCCACAGCUCGGAUAUGUGGCAACAAGUGAUGGAGAGGUCAUUGAACAGAUAAUAAGCCAACAUACCAGUGAUCUGGAUGAGCAAAAUCCAGAAGCCAGGGUUGUUCUUGAUGGAAUGAUAAGACAGUUACAACAACAGCAAGAUCAGAGAAUGGGAGCAAAUCAAGAUGUUUUUCGAAAUGAUCUUCCAGAUGGGGAAGAAACACCAAGAAGAGGUUUCAGAAGACUAAGUUUAGACAUCCAGUCUCCUCCAAAUAUUGGUUUGCGUCGUAGUGGACAAGUGGAAGGUGUUCGUCAGAUGCAUCAGAAUGCUCCACGUAGUCAGAUUGCCACAGAACGUGAUCUGCAAGCUUGGAAACGAAGAGUGGUUGUUCCAGAAGUUCCACUGAGUAUAUUUCGAAAGCUGGAAGAUUAUAGAAUUGGAAAGGGUGAAGAGGAGAAAAAUCUAUAUAUAGCAGAAAGAAAAAAGAAGCCUCUUCAGCUAACCCAAAAGAUGGUCCCAGUGGCCCAGUCCAGACAGAGAAUUUUUAGAUCUAAAUACUCAGAUUAUGAAAAUAAUUUUGGUCACCUUGAGUCAUCAUCUGAGGAAGAAAAUGACUCUCUUAGUUUCAUAAGACAGGACACUUCAACUCCAGAUCAAAGUGAAGAUUCUGGCAGUUCUGAAGAAGAAGAAGAGGAAGAAGAAGAAGAAUGGAAAAGUGAAGAAAAAAGUGAAAGUGACAGUGACAAUUCCAGUGAUUCUUCAGCCAGAUAUUCUGAUUGGAGAGCUGAUGUUGGCAUUAAUCUUCAGCCUCCUUUAAGAACCUCAUCUCGUCGUAGAAUUAUACGGUAUUGCAGUAGCUCAGAAGAUGAAGUAUCUGUUGAGAAGUUAUCUACUCCAAAGAGAAGGCGGAAGAGAAGGAAAAAAUGUAAACCUAAGAAGUCGAAUUUGCAGAGGAUGACUCCAGCUGAGCUUGAAAAUAUAGAACUUUUAUAUGAAUUUCAUCCUCCAGUUUGGAUAACAGAUACUACACUUCGGAAAUCUCCAUUUGUUCCUCAAAUGGGUGAUGAGGUAAUAUAUUUUCGACAAGGUCAUGAAGCUUAUGUUGAGGCAGUCAGGAGAAAUAAUAUUUAUGAGCUGAACCCCAACAAGGAGCCAUGGAAGAAGAUGGAUCUUAGAGAUCAAGAAUUGGUCAAAAUAGUUGGGAUGCGGUAUGAGGUUGGUCCCCCUACACUCUGUUGCCUUAAGCUCGCUUUUAUAGAUCCAGCCACUGGAAAGCUUCUGGACAAGUCCUUCUCUCUUAAAUAUCAUGAUAUGCCAGAUGUUAUUGACUUUCUUGUACUACGUCAGUUUUAUGAUGAAGCACGACAGAGGAACUGGCAAGCUCGUGACAGAUUUCGAUCUAUAAUUGAUGAUGCUUGGUGGUUUGGAACAGUGUUAAGUCAAGAGCCCUUUCAACCACAGUAUCCAGAUAGUCAUUUCCAAUGUUACAAUGUUAAGUGGGACAAUACUGAAAUAGAAAAGCUUAGUCCAUGGGAUAUGGAGCCAAUUCCUGAUAAUGUUGAUCCACCUGAAGAAUUGGGAGCUAGUAUUUCAGUGACUUCAGAUGAACUAGAGAAGUUGUUAUACAAACCCCAGAAUGGUGAAUGGGGUAAAAAGUCCCGGGAUGAAGAAUGUGAAAGAAUAAUCAAUGGCAUUGAUCAGCUUUUGAAUCUUGAUAUAGCUGCAGCUUUUGCAGGUCCAGUUGACCUAUGUACAUACCCAAAGUACUGUACAGUGGUAGCCUAUCCAACAGAUCUUUACACCAUUCGGAUGAGACUUGUCCAUCGAUUUUACAGGAGGAUUUCUGCCCUGGUCUGGGAAGUAAGGUAUAUAGAAUAUAAUGCCAGAACCUUUAAUGAACCUGGAAGUGCUAUUGCAAGAUCAGCUAAGAAGAUCACUGACCAGCUUUUAAAAUUCAUUAACAAUCAAGACUGUACAAAUAUUUCUGAAUUUUGUAAUAUUAGUGAAGAUGAUGAACAAGACUGCACAGAUGCUGAUGAUUUGGAUGAGCAUGAUCUUCCUAAAACUUCUUCUGGAAGAAUACGAGGGCAUCAUUGGAAGAAAAGGAACAGUAAUAAAACGAAAUAUGAUAAAAAUAACUGGCAGAGACAAUGUAAAGAACUAGUGAACUUAAUUUUCCAGUGUGAAGAUUCUGAGCCAUUUAGACAUCCUGUUGAUUUGGUUGAGUAUCCAGACUAUAGAGAUAUUAUAGACACUCCAAUGGACUUUGGAACAGUGAGGGAAACUCUAGAAGCAGGAAAUUAUGACAACCCACUGGAAUUUUGCAAAGAUAUCCGAUUAAUAUUUAGUAAUGCUAAAGCAUACACACCAAACAAAAGGUCAAAGAUAUACAGUAUGACUCUUAGAUUAUCUGCACUAUUUGAGGAAAAAAUAAGGAGAAUUUCCUCUGAUUUUAAAAUUGGGCAAAAAUACAAUGAAAAAUUACGAAGAAGUCAGAGGUGUAAGAGAAGGCAAAGUUCCACAUGUGGCUAUCAAUCUAGCAAAUUCAGAAAUGUGAAAUGGAAACAAUUGAAAUCCCAGGAAAAAGUCAUACCUGACUUGGAAGGUUCUCCUGCUCAGUCUACCUCAAAUAGUGCAGCUUGGUCUUCAAGCCAGAAGACAACAGUUAGCUUCUCUGCCAAUAUUACUUCUGGUGAUUCAUCUGAUUCUGCAGCAUCAUCUGAAAAAAUUGGAAGGACUAGACCCAUAACUCUAGCAAACUCUACAAUAUUAACUGCUUCCAGUAGUUCAGAGGAAAGUAGAGAGAACUCUGAAUCUCCCGAGCCCUUAUUACGUAAUGGCAUUUCCAGAAGCAGAAACUUCAUUGUGACUAGAAAUAGAACUUCUCAAAGAAAAAAUGGUUCUGUCUUUUUAGAAAAUGGUUGUGGUAGAAAAGCUAUACGCAAAAGGGUCUACUUGAGUGAUUCUGAUAAUUCAGUACCGACUAGUAAAACAAUCAAAGACAAAGCUGGAAGUAACCGAAAAAUCCCACGAAAGUGUGCUGCUGUGGCUGCUAAUAAGAUUAAGCUAAUGAGUGAUGUAGAAGAAGAUUUUAGCUCAGGAAGUAUUUGCUCUGCUAGCAAAAUCAGCAGGAAACUGCCUCACCGAAAUGCCUCUGCUGCAGCUAAAAAAAAGUUAUUAUAUAACUCUGAGGAUGAUCAAAGUUUAAAGACAGGAAGUGAAAAAGAACUAAAAAAACAAAAUCAGCCAGCAUCAGGGGUAUGUUCUGGUGCUGCUAGAAAAACUGUCAGUGAAUCUGAAAAUGGAAGUUCUGAGUCUGAAAGUGAUUUAAUGGUGUCGCAAAAGAAUUGGCAUGCUAAUGGUUAUAAAGCCCGUACUGGAGCAGGUUUUACAACAAAAUUUCCCGUGAUAGAAUCUUCUGAGGAAGAUUCAGAAGGCUAUAAUUCAGAGAAUGGCAGUAAGAAAGCUUGCCCAUCAACUUCAGCUGAGAAAUCUAAGGCCAGAAAGAGUUGUAAGGAGGAUGCAGAUUCUGAGCCAAGUGAAUGGAGUGGUAAAAAACGCAAGAAAACUUGCUGGAAGAGUGCUACUGUAUUUAGGAAAGCAAAAGUCCUAAGUGAUUCAGAGGACUCUGAUGAAGGUGAAAAGAGUGAAGAAGAAGCUGGAAGACAUUGUGAAACAGCAGAAACAACUUUGAAUUCAGGGCAUUUGGAGGAUGAGCCUCUCGCUGUUUCCAAGCAUUAUUUGAAACAUGAAUCUGAAACAGAUUUGGAUUCCGACCAUAGUUAUGACAAUACAGAACCAAAUAAAAGGACAAAAGAUAUUAUGAAAGAUGCUGUAUCUCAAGAAAAUGGACAGAAUGGAAAAGCUUCUAAGAAAAGGAUAUGCUCCAGUGAGUCAGACAGCAAUUCAGAAGUAGUUAAAUCAUUAAAAGGCAAAAUUGGUUUCCGAAGGAUUCCACGGAGAAGUGCUGCAAUGGCUGCCAAUAAAAUAAGGUUAAUGAGUGAUGAAGAAGAUUUUAAUUCAGAAAAUGUGUGCACUAGAAGCAAUGGGUACAGGAAAAAGACCCUUAAUUGUGCUUCUACUAAAUCUAAGAAUGCAUCAUAUGAUUCUGAGGGAAAUACAAGUUUAAAGAGUGAGACAGUGUUAAAUGAACAAAGUACCUCUGAAGAUCAACUACUUGACACUGGUUCUGAUAGUAGCAGGAAAAAUGUUAGUGAGUCUAUAAAUGGAGACUUAGAUUCAGGAAGUAAUCAGAAACGGCACACCAAUUGUCUCAAGUCUACUAGUGCUGCACCUCAUACAACGAAAAAUUCCCUGAUUGAAUCUUCAAGUGAGGAUUCAAAAAGCCAUAAUCCAGAAGAUGAUAAUAGGAGGAAAGUUCCUUACCGGUCAGCUUUGGUGCAGGGAUCUACUUCAGAGAAUAAUGUUGAAGACAAAAUGAGUUCUGGGGUAGGAAAAUGGACAGGUAGAAGAACCAGAAGGAAAACGCGUCAAAAGAUUCCUUUCAGAAAGGCAGAGGUUCAUCACGAGCAAGACACAACAGAAUCUGAAAAGGGGAGGAAAAGAAAAUGUUCUGAAUCAAAAAUUUUGGAAGGUUCUGAAAUAGCAGCUAGUUCAAAGACUAAUCCCAAAUGUGAUUCAAAUCAGGAAACAGAAACUGAUUCGGAUACUGCUUAUAGUGAUAACAUAAAAACAAAAAAGAGAAAAAGGAAUAGAAAAGCAAAUGUUGUUCGAAGAGGUGGUAAUACUUUUAAAGGUAACGUAUCUAAACCAAUGAGAUUACCAAGAAAAAGCAAACGACCAAGGUUAAGGUUGGAUGAUAAUGACUGGGAGGAUUUGGACUACGCAAAAACUAGAAAAGCUCCACGACGUUCAAAAAUAAGAACAAGAAAUCAGGGUAGAAGAACUGUAAGAUAUAAUUAUGGGGAUGAUGAUAGAGUUUUAGAUAUAGAAAAUGUUUUUGAUACAGGUGAUUGCACCUUAUGACCUUGAGGGAAAACCAGUUCAUUUUUUAGAGGAAUUGAGCUGGAAUUUGUGGUGAAUAUUGGCUGUUCCAGUGAUUUUUUUUUUGGUUCUAUAAUUCAGGGAAUAUAUUUAUAUUUUUCUAUGAAAAAGUUAUGAAUGUGACUAAAUCAUGACUGUCCUUUUCCUUAUUUUUCCUUGCUUAGGUAGCAGCAUUUAGCACAGGUGCCAAAAUAAGCUUCAUUUUGGGGCAGCUCUCAAUUUUGACUCUAUGUGACUACAUAUAGCAAGAGUUUAAAAUCUGUUUUGUCUAUAAACACUAGACAGCUGGCUAGUAUUAAAUGGUUGAUCAUUAUUUUCAAAGUAGCAAGUUAAUACUUUUCAUAGUUACUACUUUAUUAAAUUCUUAAGUAAGUCAUAGUUUCUAUUCUCCUUUGUAUAAUAUCAUUUCAUGUGAAGGUUUACAGAUAACUCAUAACAAGAGCAUACUGACAUUAACAUCAUGGGAAGAGGAACUCUUUACUAGGUAGACAGAUAAUUAACCAUUUUGUUUUGGUUCCCAUUAAAAACUUAUUGCCACCCACAGUUCAAUACAGAAUAUCAGUUCCAUUAAUUUUACUGGCUUCCAUUUUCCUUUUUGAAUGGU